AUGAGUGUCGUCAAGUUUUAUAGUAAUUCAUUUGGAGGAGGUGGCGGAAGCAGUGGUUCACCAUUUUCUAGUAGCGACGGUGGUGGUGGUGUAUUCAUCUUCUUCGAUGGGGGUUCUCAACACAACUCUACUAGUUUGCAUAAUUCUAUCUUUGAUUUCGAUUUCCCGUAUCACCACAUCGUCAACUGCAUUAUUACACAAAAUCUGAUCGUUUUCGCUCCGGUCGUCAACUCUUCCCGCCGGCGGCGAAUCUUUAAGAUGAUCCACGAUUCUCCUCCGCCGCCUCAAGAGGAACUCAAUACAGAGUCAAAAUCUGAAGGCGAAGAAGAAGAUCAACGCCUCCUACUAAUCUCCAAAUCACCCCUCCCCUUAUCCACCGACACCAAUCCUAACAACAAUUGCACCUCGGAUGACGAAGAGGUUGCGUACGAGUCUCAAGAAAAGAUCAUAAUAGACGGCUUGGAUUCAUAUUCUGAUUCAGCUGAUUGCAACUCUACGCCACCGUUCUCGUGGAAGAAGCUAUGGUUAUUUACGGGGCCAGGGUUUCUAAUGAGCAUCGCGUUUCUAGAUCCGGGAAACCUAGAGGGGGAUCUUCAGGCUGGCGCCAUUGCUGGUUACUCUCUUUUGUGGCUGUUGAUGUGGGCGACGGGUAUGGGUCUCCUGAUCCAGCUGUUGUCCGCCCGGAUUGGGGUGGCUACCGGGAAGCACCUUGCGGAGCUUUGUAGAGAGGAAUAUCCUAAGUGGGCUGGAUUGCUGUUGUGGUUCAUGGCCGAGGUAGCGUUAAUUGGAGCUGACAUUCAAGAAGUGAUUGGCAGUGCCAUUGCUAUACAGAUUCUUAGCAAUGGGGUUCUUCCUAUUUGGGUUGGAGUCAUCAUCACUGCUUCUGAUUGUUUCAUGUUUUUACUUCUUGAGAACUAUGGAGUGAGGAAUUUGGAAGCUGUUUUUGCAGUUCUCAUCUCAACUAUGGGACUAUCAUUUGCAUGGAUGUUUGCUGAUGCACAACCUAGUGGAAAAGAACUUCUAAUAGGUCUUUUGGUUCCAAAACUCAGCUCAAGAACAAUUAGACAAGCAGUUGGAGUAGUAGGAUGUGUCAUAAUGCCUCACAAUGUAUUCCUCCAUUCUGCUUUAGUCCAAUCAAGAAAAAUCGACCCAAAGAAGAAAGGAAGAGUACAAGAAGCAAUCAAUUACUACACAAUCGAGUCAUCUGCUGCCCUUUUGGUUUCUUUCAUGAUCAAUCUAUUUGUGACUACUGUAUUUGCUAAAGGGUUUUAUGGAACUAAACAAGCUGAUAGUAUAGGGCUUGUAAAUGCUGGACAGUAUCUUGAAAAGAAAUAUGGAGGAGGGUUUAUGCCAGUUUUGUAUAUUUGGGGAAUUGGGUUAUUAGCAGCUGGACAAAGUAGUACAAUCACAGGUACUUAUGCUGGUCAAUUUAUCAUGGGUGGAUUUCUUAACCUUCGUUUGAAGAAAUGGUUGAGGGCUUUGAUAACAAGAAGUUGUGCAAUUGUUCCAACUAUGAUUGUAGCUCUUGUUUUCAACAAAUCAGAAGCUUCACUUGAUGUGUUGAAUGAAUGGCUUAAUGUUCUUCAGUCUAUUCAGAUCCCUUUUGCUCUUAUUCCACUUUUGACCUUGGUGUCUAAAGAGGAAGUCAUGGGUGUCUUCAAAAUUGGACCUACUUUAGAGAGAAUUGCAUGGAGUGUAGCUGCUUUAGUGAUGGUGAUCAAUGGGUACCUUUUGCUUGACUUUUUUGUGGCUGAGGUCUUCGUGUAUGGUGACAAGAUGGUGGAGCUCGACAAAGCUUUUGGGUUGAUUUUCUCGGCAAAAGGUGGGGGUGGGGGAAAUGGAGGUGGUUGGCGGUAA